AUGCUCCUCUCUCUGGGAAAAUCCAGAAUCAAAGCCGGGGUCAGUCUCAGAGGAAGAGGCUUUUCCUUUGAGCUCCAUAAGAAGGUUUUUGAAUGUGGAACUGUAAACUGGACUCAUUGGUUCCACAUUAACAGCGUUUUAACUCCGGAAGCAGCAGAGUUCAGCCGUGGUUCAGUCGCUCUGUCAUGUGACCUCAGCAGAGUCCGCUCCAUGACUUUUGAUGUGUAUGACUAUGUGGAGAUCCAUGAUGGGAACUCGGAGUCGGGGGACCUGCUGGGUAAACACUGCAGUAACAUUGCCCCUGCUCCCAUCAUCUCCUCCGGACCAUCGCUUCACAUCAAGUUUGUGUCCGACUACGCCCACCAGGGGGCAGGCUUCUCUCUGCGCUACGAGGUCUACAAAACAGGAUCAGACUGCUCCCGUAACUUCACGGCCCCCACUGGUCUGAUCGAGUCUCCGGGUUUCCCUGACAAGUAUCCCCACAACCUGGAGUGCUCCUUCAUCAUCAUCGUGCCGCCCAGCAUGGACGUCACCCUGCGCUUCCUCAUCUUCGACCUGGAGAACGACCCGCUCCCCGGCAGCGAGGGCGACUGCAAGUACGACUGGCUGGAAGUGUGGGACGGCCUUCCCGGAGUGGGCCCUCUUAUUGGUCGAUACUGCGGGACCAGAGUGCCUCCCGAGAUCCAGUCGUCCACCGGUAUCCUGUCCUUGUCCUUCCACACCGACAUGGCCGUGGCAAAAGAUGGCUUCUCCGCACGCUACAACAUGACGCAUAAGGAAGUCAGCGAAACGUUCCACUGCAGUAACCCUUUCGGUUUGGAGUCGGGAAAGAUUACAGACGACCAGAUCACGGCUUCGUCCAGUUUUUAUGACGAGCACUGGCUCCCGAGACAAGCACGACUCAACUGUAACGACAACGCAUGGACGCCCAACGAGGACAGCAACCGGGAGUACAUUCAGGUGGAUCUUCACGUGCUCAAAGUGCUGACGGGAAUCGCUACACAAGGCGCCAUUUCCAAAGAGACGCAGAAGUCCUACUACGUCACCACCUUCAAACUGGAGGUCAGCACCAACGGAGAGGACUGGAUGGUCUACAGACACGGCAAGAACCACAAGGUGUUCCACGCCAACACCGACCCGACUGAGGUGGUCCUGAACCGGAUCCCACAGCCCGUCUUGGCGCGAUUCGUCCGGAUCCGACCUCAGUCCUGGAAGAACGGCAUCGCACUGAGGUUCGAGCUGUACGGUUGCCAGAUCACAGAUGCUCCGUGCUCCGAGCUGCAGGGCCUGAUGUCGGGGGUCCUGCCUGACUCCCAGAUCUCCUCCUCCUCCAUGCGGGACCUCCACGGCUCCAUGGGGGCAGCACGCCUGGUGGCCAGUCGCUCUGGCUGGUUCCCCAACCCCACACAGCCCAUCGCCGGAGAGGAGUGGCUACAGGUGGAUCUGGGGGUCCCGAAGACGGUGCGCGGCAUCAUUACCCAGGGUGCACGGGGGCUGGAGGGCAGCACUAGUGCAGAGAACAGAGCCUUCGUCCGCAAGUACAAACUGGCCCACAGCCUGAACGGGAAGGACUGGACCCACAUCAUCGACAGCAAGACCGGCCUGGCCAAGAUCUUCGAGGGGAACGGCCACUACGACACCCCGGAGGUCAGGCGCUUUGAGGAGAUCGUGGCCCAGUUUGUGCGAGUCUUUCCGGAGCGCUGGUCUCCCGCUGGGAUUGGCAUGAGGAUGGAGGUGCUGGGCUGCGACCUGCCAGAAAGCACCACUGUCCCAGACACAGCCACCCCCACUACGCCCAAAGUGGAGCAGACCACUGCAGCCAUGAGGCCAGCGACCACUCCGUCUCUCUCGGCCGUGUGUGACUUUGAGUCCAGUUUGUGCGGCUGGUCUGCGGAUCCUCAGUCUGGAGUGAGCUGGUCUCUGCACACGGCCUCCAGCGGGACCUCCACGGGACACGGCACCCACGGCACCCACGGGAGCCGGCUGGACCUCACCCAGGCCUCCGACAACCUGUCGGGGAACUACUUACACGUGGACGCGGGGCCCCACACGCAGAGGAAGAGGGCCCGUCUGCUGAGCCCCGAGUUGGAGCCGGAGCAGGGGCCUCUGUGCCUGCUCUUCCACUACCAGCUGCAGGGGGAGGCCCAGGGCAGCCUCCGUGUGCUGCUGCGCGACACCGACCACGACGAGACCCUGCUCUGGUCCCUGCGCGGAGACCAUGGGGCGCUGUGGAGGGAGGGCCGCACCGUGCUGCCCCAAAGCCCCAAGGAAUACCAGGUUGUGUUUGAAGGUUUCUUUGAACAUUCGACCAGAGGACACAUCCGCAUCGACAACAUCCACAUGAGCAGCAGUGUGGAGCUGGAGGAAUGCACACAGCCCCUCCCAGCGCUGACGCCGGGAAUCACCAACCCCAGACCUAUGGAUUUCGGCAAAGACCCCGUUUUCAACAGACCGACCAUCGACCAAGAGUACGUGUUCCCCGGCUGGUCCUCCCCCUUCUCCACCCCCUCCUCCGCCGACUCGGACCCCUCCUCCGUCACCAUGAUGUCGGAGAAGGACAAGGACAACGCCUGGCUCUACACGCUGGACCCCAUCCUCCUCACCAUCAUCGUCAUGAGCUCCCUGGGCGUGCUCCUGGGGGCCAUUUGCGCGGGACUUCUCCUCUACUGCACCUGCUCCUACAGCGGCCUCUCGUCGAGAUCCUCCACCACGCUGGAGAAUUACAACUUCGAACUCUACGACGGCAUCAAGCAUAAAGUCAAGAUCAACCAGCAGAGGUGUUGCUCCGAAGCUUGA